CUCCCCCUUCCGCCCGAGUGGUACAGUCCGCUCCAUGUGUAUGUCUGGCGUCUUGCCAGUCGGAGACGGACCGUUUUUAAGACGUUCUCUCCGACUUCUCGACUUGUAGCGGUCCUUCAAGACGCUCCGGCCAUCUUGAACGACGGCAAGAAUCCCUCGGAGACGUCGCCAUCGGACUAACCGGGCUGUAUUGGUGCGUGUUCGGGAGGACAGAGCUCCGUAGCGCGGUGAGUCGCGGUCCACUGGCGGGGUGAAACCGGACCCCGGCCCGACUGUGUGGCCGACAUUCCUCCGGGCCUGCCGCCGGGCGCUCCGACAAGCUUCCCACGGGCGCUCCCGGGCCUGGGGCCGCCGAGAGAACGGGAUAUUCCGCCUGGACAGGCUCGUGGAUAGCCGGGUUCGUGGCCGUACCGUUCCAGGGCGGGUAUAACGGGACGCGGCGGGGCGGAGUUGCCUGCCCGCCCGCCGACUGGCCUGCCCGGCGCCUGAGGACUCCCAGCCGGAGUUAGCCUCGCCGCAGCCAUGUUGGGACGCUGUGGAGCCUACAGGACCCUGCUGGUCGUCCUGAGCAGCCUGGCUCUGCUACCCGCCACACACGGUGUCUGCGUGCACGAAGGUGUCCACUACCCGAACGCGACCUUCUGGAAGCCAGAGGUUUGCUCGCUGUGCCGCUGCGAGGACGACGUCGCUAUCUGUGAGACGAUUGGCUGCCAGAACCCGCGCUGCGACACAGACAACGGCGGAGUGCUGAAGCUACUUCCUGACCGCUGCUGUCCGGAGUGUGUCGUGGAGACGGCGAGGUCCUGCGAGCACGAGGGCGAAGUUCUCGGGCACGACACCGCAUGGCGUCCGACGGCUUGCACGGCGUGUUCGUGUUGGGACGGGAGCGUCACGUGUCGGCAGGAGUCGUGCCCGAGCGCCCUCUGUCUGCCCGGCGAGGUACAGCACCAGACGGAGCGGGACUGCUGCCCAAGGUGCAUCCGGCCCGGACGGUCCUGUAACUAUGGCGACAACCGUUACCAUGACGGCGACACCUGGCAGCCAGUUCCCUGCACCCACUGCACGUGUGAUGACGGACAGACCAGGUGUUACAUCGCCGACUGCGCACCUGUUGUGUGUGGGCAGGAUGAGGAGGCAGUGGUGCGGCCUGGGCGCUGCUGCCCGGAGUGCGUCGGCCGCUCCUGUACCGCGCAGAACCAUGAGUACCGCGACGGCGAACAGUGGAAACCCAAUCCCUGCAUGAACUGCGUCUGUCGCCAUGGUGACGCCCACUGCGUCAGUACCACGUGUCCGGAAAAUCCCGUCUGCCCGCCGAAUUUCCUGAGCAUUGUGAGAGAAGGCCGCUGCUGUCCCGACUGUGUCCCCAGACAAGCGCCGUGUGAGAGCGGUGGCGUAACGCGGUACAGCGGCGACAUGUGGAACGAGACCGCCUGCGAGUUCUGCGUCUGCGAAGCCGGCACCGUCAGCUGUUUCACUGCGGAGUGUGCACAGCUCAACUGCCAGGGGGGAGAGCAAGUGACCCACAGAGCCGGGAAGUGUUGUCCAGAGUGUUCCUCCCCUGCAGCAGAGUGCCAAGUUCAGAACAGGGUCUACAAGGAUGGUGAGAGUUGGGAGCUGGAUCUCUGCCGACGCUGCAGCUGCCAACACGGCCAGGCGCAGUGUUACCACGAAACGUGCGCCCCCUGUCCACCGGGCACCAGAACUGCACAUGUGCCCGGGGAGUGCUGCGGAGAAUGCCAGCCAGUCUCCUGCAGCGACUCCUGCGCCGCGUGUGACCACCAGAAUUCCGCCUUCUGCACGUCCUGCCGGGACAGCAGCGCCCUCUUGCAGGACGGGCAGUGUGUGCAGGCCUGCAGUACCGCGCACUACCGCGCGGGGGAGCGCGUGUGCGGGCCGUGCCACCCGAGUUGCGGCAGCUGUACGGGACCCACGAUACACCACUGCAGGACGUGUCCGCGGGGCCGACUGUUGAAGCACGGGCGGUGUGUGUCCGACUGCGGCGAUGGGUUCUACACCCGGGGCACGGAAUGUAGCGCCUGCCAUGCCAGCUGCGCCAGGUGUGCAGGACCAGGUGAGGACACCUGCCUGGCCUGCCAGGUGCUGUCCCAGGUGCUGAGAGACGGCAGGUGUGCGGACAGGUGUGGCAAGAAGCAGUACGUCAGGGACGGGAAGUGUCAUGACUGUGACGCCGGCUGCCUGACGUGUGCGCCGGACGCGCCGACCUGCGCCACCUGUCCCCGUCAGCAGGUAUUGCACCAGGGGCGCUGCACACGCACCUGUCCGCAGGGCUUCUACCAGAACCAGCACGAUUGCAGAGCAUGCCACCCGUCCUGUGUGCGGUGCCGAGGCCCCCAGCCCAACCAGUGUGCGGCCUGUGGGCGCGACAAGGUGCUGUACAACGAGCAGUGCCUUCAGCAAUGUCCCGCCGGGUUCAUCGCGCAGCAGGGAUCCUGUGAAGCAUGCCACAUCAGCUGUCGCUCCUGCCGCGGCCCGCUCGACUCCGACUGUCUGUCCUGCUCCGCCGCCAGCGAGGUCAUCCUCAGGUCAAGGGCAGCCAGAGGUCACCAACAUGGCCGCUGUGUGGCCCAGUGUCCUCAAGGUCACUUCCUGGACCAGGAAGGAAUUUGUCAAGAGUGUUACCGUGGGUGCCAGACCUGCGUGGGUCGUGGCCCGGGUAACUGCACGGCGUGUGAGUUCCAGUUGAAGCUGCGAAGCGGGACGUGCGCCCCACAGUGCAGGGACGACCAGUACGAGGACAGGGCUGGGGUUUGCCACGACUGCCACCCGACCUGCGCUCGCUGCUCUGGCCCGUCCGACGCAGACUGCAGUACCUGCCAGCCCAGCCUGGUGGAGCAGUUCGGGCGCUGCCGCAUGCCGUGCCCCGACUCGCACUACCUCAACACCAACGGAUUCUGCCAAGCCUGCCACCCCAGCUGCGACGCCUGCCUGGCCACACCCGGCGGGACUGAGAGCACGUGUCUGCGGUGUCGCGACCCCGCCACGGUUGCCGCCGGCGACAGGUGUGUUCGGGACUGCGGGCUCGGCUUCGCGGCAGUCGGAGGCUCCUGCAAGGCCUGCCAUGCCUCUUGUGUGACCUGCUCGUCAGAAGGUCUGCUGGGCUGCACGGCCUGCGCCCCGGGCUACGUGUUAGCUCACACCGGCAUGUGCACCGACAGGUGCUUCCCUGGGUUCUACCCUGAUGCAGGGGUCUGCAGAGCAUGCCCCCCAGGCUGCCUGGAGUGCGCCAUUGACGCCGGUGUGUUGCAGUGCACGCGCUGCAGGGAUCCUUAUAUGGUGGUGCAGUUCGGAGAGUGCACCCAGGCCUGCGCUGACCAGUUCUACAUCGAUCCCGUCACUAGGGUGUGCAAAGAGUGUGAUUGGAGCUGUAACUCGUGUGUCGGCCCCACCAAGGCGGACUGUGUCCAGUGCAUGGGUCACAUGACGCUGCAAAACGGCACGUGUGUGGAGGAGUGCACCAUGGGAUACUUCCCUGCCGGCCAGGAAUGUGCCAGAUGCCCAGACAGGUGUUUCACCUGCAGCAGCGGACACACCUGUAUGGAAUGUGCCCCGCCUCACCUGCUGAAGCAUGACAGGUGUGUGCAGGACUGCGGCUGGGGAUACUACGCUGACUUCUCCUCACACAGGUGUAUAGACUGCCCGGCGUCCUGCCUGGAGUGUGCCGACCCCUCCCGCUGCCUCACCUGCAGGGCAGGUACCUACCUCCAGGGGGCGCUGUGUGUGCCGGACUGUGGGGCUGGGUUCUACCAGGAUGAGGAGGAGUUCCGAUGUGAAGCUAACCGCCACCCGCCGGUUCUCCUGGUGAACGGUUCUCUCGUCUGCGAGAUCGGCGCGUCGCUCGUCCUCUCCCCGUCAUUCCUCGGCGCCAGCGAUCCCGACACGGACCCCGCCAAACUCACGUUCCACGUGGCGAGCCCUCCGACCAAUGGGAAGCUGCUGGUGACGAGGGAGGGGCUUGACCGUGAGCUCGCUGCUGGCGGAACAUUUUCGUACGCAGAGUUAACGGCAGGUCUGGUGCAGUUCCAGCACCUUCGCAGUCAGCCCAUGCAGGGAACCGUCUCGCUGAAGGUGUCGGACCGGCAGCUGGUGUCGGUACCGGUGCAGGUGGACAUCCGGGCGGUGUCGCAGGCGCCGCCGCAUCUCGUCAGGAACACGCCGCUCGUAGUGGAGGAGGGCGGGGCAGGAGAAAUCUCCACGGCAACCAACCUGGAGAUCGAUGAUGAGGAUAACCCUGAGGAUGUGGUCAUCACGAGAGUGCAAGGCCCCGCCCACGGACAUCUCGCUAGCCGCAACAAUCAGCAACUCGACACCUUCACACUGGCAGAAUUGCAUGCUGGGAACGUCCGGUACGUCCACGACGGGAGCGAGACACAGAGCGACGUCAUUCUGCUGCAGGUUUCCGACGGCUUCAACCUGGAGAACGUGCUUUUCAACAUCCAGAUCAGACCUCAGGACAACAGUGGUCCGCUGCUGCUGGCCAACACGGUGGCCCACGUCCAGGAGGGCCAGAUGGUCCAGAUCACAUCCAACAUGCUCCAGGCAACGGACGUGGACACGCCCGACAACCAGCUGGUGUACAGGCUGACUCCGCCCGCUGGCAACCCACAGCAGGGAGAGCUGCUUCUGGUGCUCCCCGUGCUCGCGGACGGGCCGCCGUCUGGCUGGCAGUCGUCGGAGGGGGGGCACAUGGAGACCAAGGUCAGCCAGUUCCGCCAGACUGACAUUGACCAAGGUCACCUCUGGUACCGCCACUCCGGCAGCGAGACGACUCGAGACUUCUUCAAGUUCCAGGUGACUGACUCAGCUGAACCACCCAACCUGCUGGAGGAUCAGGAGUUCAACAUCCAGAUUCUCCCCUCUAACGACGAACCCCCGCGGGUGGCUCCUGGAGUUGCCUUACCACUGGGGAUUACGGCCAUUGCUGACCAGAUCACCACCAUCACACCCGCCCACCUGGCCUACAUCGACCUUGACUCCGAGGCGCGUGACCUUCAGUACGAGGUGACGAAGACGUUCCCGACGGAGUUCGGAAUGCUCGAGCACGCGGACCGGCCGUACGUGCCGCUGCAGCGCUUCACACAGGCCGAGCUCGAGGCUGGCAAGGUCAUCUACCGACCCGCGCCCAGGAGCGCCACGCCCGGGUCAUCCAGCCUCAUGUUCCAAGGGGCGAGACCUGCUCAGAGAGACAAGUCCUUCCAGUUCGCCUUCACAGUUUCCGACGGGGUGAACACCCUCCCGGCGCAGCCCUUCAUCAUCAGGGUCGUUUCCGACGGCAACGCCCCGCCCAGAUUCAGCAGCCCCAACAGUGUCAUCAAGGUCACACAGGGAGGAACAGUGCCGGUGGGUAUGGAGCAGCUGGCAGUAACCGACGCCGACACGCCGCUGUCCGAGCUGCGCUUCACGCUGAAACAGGCGCCCAUGAUGGGCAAGGUCAUCCAGAAGGACGGGAACAGGCAGGAGGUCCUCAGGGAAGGCUACAUCUUCAGCCUGCAGGACAUCGACAGGAACAUGUUCCACUACGUGCACGACGGAUUCAAGGGCGGCUCCGACCAGUUCCAGGUCUCCGUUAGCGACGGCUCGUCUGUCGUCACGGCAACCAUAUCUGUCUCUGUGAUGCAGGUUGCGCAGACAGGUCCUGUGAAAGGUCCCUCGGCGACCUUGACCCUGAGUGUUCCUGAACUUGGCAGUUCCACCCUGAGUCGGGACAGCCUGUUCUACAGCACAGACAGCAGCGCCCCCAUCAGCUACAGGCUCGAGUCGGAACUGCAGCAGGGGCAGCUGGAGAGGCGGUGGGCAGACGGAAGCUACCAGGCACUGGGGAGGGGGGCGACCUUCACACAGGAGCAGGUCAACAGUUUCAACAUCAGGUACACGUCGCUGGCGGAGGUCGGGGACCAGCCCGUCUCUGAGGUCAUCUUCUUCAGCGUGGAGGACACGGAAGGUCAUAGGUUACCCAACCAGGUGCUGAGCGUCACGGUCUCCCCGGACAACAACCAGCCGCCGGUGGUCAACGUGGGGAAAGGGCUGGAGGUGUUUGAAGGUGGGCGGGCCCUGCUGACGUCACAGGACAUCGUUGCCAUGGACGCAGACACGCCCAAAUCUGAGCUGAUCGUUCGCGUGGACACCCCGCCCAGUUUUGGUUACCUGGAAAACACCAAGCAACCGGAAGGAUCCCAGACCACGAUGGCGGGCCUCCCCAUCACCCAGUUCAGCAUGCAGGACCUGCUGGACGGAGCGGUGCACUACGUACAGAACCUGCACCGCAACCUGGAGCCCGUCUGGGAUGGCUUCCUCUUCCACGUCACUGACGGGACCAACGAUUCACCCACCUACCGCUUCAACAUCUCCAUACAGCUGACCAAUGACGAGCAGCCUGUGAUGCUGAUGGAGAAGGUUGUUUGCCCGGAAGGUCACGGCGCCAUGGUAACGAACGUCUCGCUGUACGCACACGACAUGGACACGCCCGACCAGGAGCUGACCUUCAGGGUCAGGAAGCUGCCGCAACACGGAAACUUGAGGAAGAGGCAGUUUCCAGACCAAGCCAUGCAGGAAGGUUCCAUUCUGCCCGUGGGGGCCAGCUUUUCUUACCAGGACGUCCUUGAUGAGCUGAUCUGCUACAUCCACGACGGCAGCGAGACCCAAUCAGACGAGUUUGCCGUGACCUUGACCGACGGGCAGUUCACGGAGGAGGGGAGGAUCAAGGUCGCUGUCGGGCUGCUGAACGAUGAGGCGCCGCGGGUCACCAUCAACCGCGGGCUGCAGCUGCCCGCUGGCACCUCUGCAGUCAUCACCAGGUCGAUUCUGAGGGGCACAGACGUGGACUCCGACCAGCACAAGCUGACCUUUACCCUGACCUCCAACCCGACCCUGGGUGAACUGCAGCUGAGGACGGACGGGCAGUUCAUGGCAGUGUUGGCAGGGGGCGCCAUCAGCGAGUUCUCACAGGACGAUAUUGACAAUGGAGAUUUGCGUUACGAGCACAGCCCGGGCGAGCCCAGCGGAUCCACAGCCUUCAAGUUCAACCUGAUUGACACGGAGGGGAACAAGAUGAUCGACCAGACUUUCCUCAUCACUGUCACAGAGGACUACCUGCCUCCGUCUGUCGUGGCCAACAAGGGGCUGGUUCUGAACGAAGGUGCUUCCAAGAAGAUCACCACCAACCUGCUGUCGGCAACGGACGCGGACAGCGAGCCGGCCGACCUGGUGUUCACGGUAACGGCGGAACCGCGCUGGGGUCACCUCGAGCACGCGGCCGUCCCCGGCGCGCCGGUCACGACCUUCACACAAAAGGACCUGGCAGCCCAUAAUAUCCUGUACAUCCACACCAGCGAGGAGGAGGAGCACAUGGACAGUUUCACUUUCACUGUCUCAGAUGGCAAGAACCAGGUGAGCCAGACCUUCUACAUCACCAUCCUGCCGGUGGAUGAUGCGGUUCCCAUGGUGACCAGCUUGGGGCUGCGGGUGCAGGAGGGCGUCCGUAAAACCAUCACAGAGUUCGAGCUGAAGGCAGAGGAUGCCGAUACAAAGGAACAGCAGGUGAUGUUCACCAUCACCCGCCCGCCCUACCACGGCAAGGUCGAGAUGACCUCUAACGAGGUCACAUACCGCCGCGUGUCAAAGUUCACCAUGACGGACAUCUACGAGAACCGGAUCAGCUACAACCACGACGGCAGCAACACACAGGAGGACAGCUUCGAGUUCGCGGUUUCCGACGGAACAAACCCCGACUUCACGGUCGAACUGGACGGGCGGGUUGUCACGACGACUGCACCACAGACCUUCCCGAUCGAGAUCCUGCCUGUGGAUGACGGCACGCCGCGGAUCGUCUCCAACCUCGGUCUGCAGUACCUGGAGUAUGUGGAUGGGAAGGCCAUGAAUAUCAUCAGCAAACGGGACCUGAAAACCACCGACCCGGACACAAAGGACAGUCAGCUGGUGUACACGGUGACCUCACCACCUAAACAUGGCCGCCUGGAGACCGUGGCACAACCGGGCACUCCUGUGUCCACCUUCACACAGGAGGAGGUAAACGUUGGGAUCGUGCGGUACGUUCUGGACGACGAUGUGACGGGGAAAACCAGCGACCGGUUCAUGUUCGAAGUGGCGGACAGCAAACCCAACGUCGUCAAGGGCAACGUGUUCCGGAUCCGCUGGUCGCUGCUCAGCUUCGAGCACGUCGCGUACAACGUGAGCGAAACGGGAGGAACCGUCAGUGUCACGGUCAAGAGAACAGGAAACCUGAACCAGUAUGCCAUCGUGCUGUGCAGAACGGAACCGGGAACGGCCACGUCGUCAGACAAGUCCGGAGCCAGGCCAGGACAGUUGGACUUCGUGCAGUAUGCCGGGCAGGUGCAGUUUGACGAGCGCGAGGACACGAAGUACUGCACGAUCGUUAUCAACGACGACAGUGUGUACGAGGGUGUCGAGAGUUUCGGUGUUGAACUGAGCAUGCCAGCGUACGCGCUACUCGGGAAAACUGUCCGGGCCACCGUUAAUAUCAACGACACCGAGGACGAGCCAACUGUGGCGUUUGUUCAGAAGAUGUACCACGUGAACGAGAGCGCCGGGUACCUGUUCGCACCUAUCAAAAGGACAGGUGACCCGAGUGGCACGGUGUCGGCAGUCUGCUACACGACGGCGCGGUCAGCGCAGGGCAGCAGCCUGAACCGGCUGGAGUCGGGGUCCGACUUCCGCACCCGCGGCAUGACCGAUCAGUUCCGGGUCAUCUUCCCUCCAGGGGUCACGACCUCUACCUGCGAUGUCAAGCUGGUAGAUGACAGUGAGUAUGAGGAGGAGGAGGAGUUUGAGAUCGCGCUGGCCGACACGUCCCUCAUGGCUCGCCUCGGAGACACCAGCAAGGCCAUGGUCAUGAUCGACGGGCCCAACGAUGUGUCCCACGUGUUCCUGGCCGAAGGCAGCUUCACCUUUGCAGAGGAUGCUGGGACAGUUGACAUCGAGGUGGUCCGCCAGGGCACGGACCUAUCCCACAGUUCCCGGGUGUGGUGUGCCACGCGCCUGUCGGACCCCGCCUCUGCGCGGCCUGGAGAGGAUUACGUGCCGAGCUCAGCACAAAUCACCUUCGGACCCGGGCAAACCUCACAGACCUGCAGCCUCACGAUCCUCGACGACGUCCAGAACCCGAAGAUUGAAGGGAACGAAACGUUUGUCGUGUUUCUCAGCUCUGCGGUCGGCGCAGAACUCACCGAACCGUUCCAGGCGGUUGUCACCAUAAACGAUACGAUUGUGGACGUUCCCAGCAUGCAGUUCUCCGGGUCAGAGUUCACAGUGGAGGAGUCGGAGGGCGUCAUCCAUGUCCCGAUCACGCGGACGGGCGACACGUCGUACGAAUCCUCCGUACGCUGCUACACGCGCCAGGGGUCAGCUCAGGUCAUGAUGGACUUUGACGAGCGGCGGAACACUGACGACUUCCGGGUCGUCUUCGCUCCUGGUGAAAAGGAGAAGAACUGUACCGUGUUUAUCGUCGAGGACGAGAUCUUCGAGCCGACGGAGGAGUUUGUUGUGCGGCUGGGUCACGCGGAGGGGAACCACUGGUGCGGGGCAAAGGUCGGCAAGCCGAACCGGGCCGCCAUCACCAUCACUAACAACGAGGACGCUCCCACAGUGCAGUUCGAGGUGAGCGAGUACAAAGUUCGUGAGCCGACCAAGCCGGACUCCAUGGCGACGGUCACGGUGAAGGUCGUGCGUACGGGAGACUGUAACGACACGGCCGUGGUCCGCUGCAGCACGCGCGACGGGUCAGCCACAUCUGGUGAUGACUACAGCCCAAAGAGCCGCAUCCUCAAGUUCAAACCAGGUGUGAGGUCGCUGGAGUUCCCAGUUGACAUCCUGUAUAACGACAAGCCGGAGUGGCACGAGUCCUUCAGCAUCAUCCUCGGACCCGACGAGCCAACCAACGCUGUGCUGGGGAAGGUUGCCAUGGCAACGGUCACCAUCAUGGACCGGGAGGCUUCGGGCAGUCUGGUGCUCCCCUCCUCACCCAUUCUGGUGUCCCUGAUGGACUAUGAUGAUGUGGAAAUUGCCCAGGAGAAGGGAAAGGACCCCUCGCCAGGAUACCCCCUCGUCUGUGUGACGCCCUGUGACCCCAGGUACCCCAAGUACACGGUGACCUCUGAACUCUGCCAGCAAGCCGGCAUCAACGAGUCCAUCAUCACGUACAGCUGGGAGGUUGCCAUGCCAACGGACGCCAUGGGAACGAGACAGCCGUUUGAGACGGUAACGGACACGACGGUUUACACACGGACUGAUGGGAAGGUUUUGGAUAGUCUCUACUUCAGCAGGAGGUUCCAUGUGCGCUGUGUCGCCCAACCGGUGGACGGGUACGGCCACAGGGGCGUGGCUCUCCGUAGCAACAUCGUUACCAUAGGAACGGAGAGCAUCUGCAACACCCCUGUGAAGGCGGGCGUGUCGCGAGGGUUCCAGGCGCAGUCGUUCAUCGCUAACCUGGAGUACAUCGAGCCGGGGAAACUGCGACAUCCCAACCGCCUGCACAUCAACAUACAGGUUCCCCACCAGGACGGCAUGGUCCCGCUGGUGUCCACCUUUCCCCUGCACAAUCUGCAGUUUCUCCUCUCCAAGUCUGUUUACCGCCAGCAGCACGUCUGCUCCAACCUGAUCACCCCCCGCGAGCGCAAUGGGCUGACCCAGACCGGUUUCCUGGACGCCGUGCGUGACGAUGACAUCCUGGCGCGGACCGGCUACGCGCACCAGUUCGACGAGGACCUUCGCGGGAAGGAGGCCGUGGAACUCUACAAACACCUGGACCUGAAGAGCUGCAUCUGGAACUUCGAUGCCUACUAUCACAUGACCGAGUUGAUUGACAUCUGCGGAGGGUCGGUAGUGACGGACUUCCAGGUUCGUGACGAGGCCAAGUCGUACCUGACGCUGACGGUCCCGCUGUACGUGUCAUACAUCUACGUUACCGCGCCGACGGGCUGGGGCGCUCUGGAGCAUCACACAGAGAUGGACUUCUCCUUCUUCUACAACACCAUGCUCUGGAGAACAGGUCUUGAGACGGAAGGAGCGCUGAACGGACACCUCCAGGUCACGAGGAUCCUCAUCGGCGACGACGGACGUCUUAUCAUCGACUUCAAGACACAAACCAAGUUCAGAGGCCAGUACGUGACCUCUCACCCGACCCUCCCGGGUUUCGAGUCUCGCGUGAUCGCGCCGCUGGCCGUGAACACGGAGUUUGAGCUGGAGCUUCUGUGGAGCCAGCAGACGUUCGACAGCCCGCGGCAGAUCUGGCGCGCCCGCAGCGCCUACAACCUGAAGGACUACUCCGGAGAGUACGUGGUCGAGCUCAUCCCGUGCACCGUCAAGCCCACGCAGGCGUACGUGUUUCCUGGGGACAGCUCGCUGAUGUGCACCGCGCACCAGACUGAGAGGUUCACGGUGCCGAUCGCGUUCCAGCAGACGAACCGGCCGGUUCCUGUGGUCUACACGCUCAACACAGAGUUCCACCUGCUCAACAACGAGAAGGUUUUCCUCACUGACCCCACCAACAGCAACCUGCUGCCACAGGAGCUGGACUACAGGGGGGCCUUCUCACGAGGCCAGACGAUCUUCGGGCGUGUCCUGUGGAACCCUGAGCAGGACCUGAGCUCGGCUUACCGGCUGCAGAUCGAGAAGGUUUACCUCUGUACCGGCACCGACGGCUACAUCCCCUUCUUCGAUCCCGACGGAACCAUUUACAACGAGGGGCCGCAGUAUGGCUGUAUCCAACCCUCCAGACACCUCAAGUACAGGUUUCUCCUGCUGGACCGGUCGAACCGUGCGCGGGAGGACCGGUACUUUAACCAGGUCCCGUUCGAGGCGCACUUCUCACAGGACCUACCGGAUUACACCACCAUGUCGGACCUGGCAGGAGUGGACGGCUUCAUGAUGAAAGUUGAUCCCCUCUACAAGGUGGAGGCUGGCCACCAGUGGUACCUGCAGGUGAUCUACAUCAUCGGUCCGCAGGGCAUGAUGCCUCGCUUCCGCCGCUCCGCCGGCCUGGCGUUCCACAAACGCGACGUCUCCGACAACCACGUGGAAAACCCCGCCGCGGGGAGCAGUGACGUGAAGAACGGGACCAACAUGCGGUCCCUCCGGCUGUACUCCGACAGUGACGGGCUGUCCAGCAGCGCGGGGGCGGUCGCCGCGUCUGUCACGGUCCUCCUGCUUCUCCUGAUCAUCAUCAUCGUCGUGUUUGUCGUGUUCAGACGGCGCCGGCGCGAAGGUCGUCAGGACAAGAAGGAGAAAACGUUUGACAACCUGAGAAUGGACAUCAUGAAAAGGUCGGGGGGCAAAGGUGAACCCUGUGGGAAACUGGACAGCACGCCGGUCAGCAGCGUCAAGGUCAAAAGGGUCAACUUAGAGGUCAAGGUCAACAACAAAAGUGUAUCCAAGGGCACAGAAGUAUAGCAUGAUAUCUUACCUCAUUUUGCGUGCCAAGAUUGUAUAUUGUAAAUGGACCAAAGGACUAUUUUUUGUACAAUAUUUUGUAGCCCGUGAAGGCCCAAUUGUUGUCAUGUAUAAAUGUUUGUCAUUCCAGUGUGUGAGUGAGAAGAGCGAUUGUUGUUUGUGUGUAUUUUAUAGUCUUUUAUUGAAAAUGUUGUGCCACAAAAAAUCAGUUCUAAGUUAUCCUAGUCGCCCAUACUUCUCACUGUAUCCAGGAGCUGAUGUCAGGUCAUGCAAGGUUGAUUUUAAAAUAGUUGAUACUGGUCUGGGAAAUGUUUGGUGCAUUUAGAUUCAAGACGAGAAUACAGAUCUACUUGGACAGUAUCUAUGGGAAAAUGUUGAUAUAAUCAGAUCUGAGUCUUCCUUAUAGCCCAUGAUUUUGCAGCAUUGUUUCCUCACCCUUUGCCUUCAAAUGUUUGGAAACAGAGGACAAGUUUUGCAUGGUCCAAAGACAGACGAUCUGAAG